ACGUCGCCUAGGGUGAUGGGUUCCGGGGCGCCGCUGUGGCCUCCCCCCUCCCCCCGCGCUGGUGGUUCAGCCCGCAGCGCUUCCCCGCGCGCGGCCACGUGCUCGGCGCGGCGCAGCAGGAUGGCGCCCCGAGGGAAGAAGCGCGGCGCCCAGAAGCCGGCGGAGACCGAGGCCGAGCCCGGGGGCGAGGCGGAUGCGCCGCAGAAGCGGGCCCGGGGCAGCCCCGAGGGCAGCGGCCCCCGCGUGGUCAUCGAGCACUGCAAGAGCUGACGCGUGUUCGGGCGCAACGCGGCGGCGGUGAGCGAGGCCCUGCGCGGGGCCGUGGCCCACCUGGCCGUGGAGAUCAACCCGGCGCCGCCGCGCAGGAACAGCUUCGAGGUGGCCCUGGUGAAGGAGGACGGCAGCACCGUGGAGCUGUGGAGCGGCAUCCGCAAGGGGCCGCCCCGCAAGCUCAAGUUCCCCGAGCCCGCCGCCGUCGUGGAGGCCCUCAAGAGCAGCCUGGCCUAGGGGCACCUCCGGGAGCCCCCCGGCGGGGCACGGCCCCCGGGGGGUGCCCCCCUGCCCGCCCGCAGCCAGCCCAGGACUCGGGACCCCGCGGGACCGGAGCGUCCGUGAGGAGGCGCGACGAAGUGGGGGGCGCCGGCCAGCCCCAGUCUCGUCUCCGAUGCCGCAGCUCCUCCUGCCCGCGGGUAACGGGUGCUGGCACCCCUCACCGCCCCUUUCCCCCACCCCGACAGCCCCUGUCCUGCAGUUUUGCAAUAAAGCCGUGCAACCCCCUGGCA